GAAGUGGCUCUCCCUCUUCCUCUCCCCGCCCAACGCUGUUCGAACCUUCUGGGGACUUCUCUGGCGCAGGGUGUUGUGGGGUUGCUGGGCGGCCCGGACGCCGAGCUAAGAAGAGGAGUGGCGGGCCACAGAAUAAGCUUCCAAGAUGAUGCCCACACCAGUUAUCUUGUUGAAAGAAGGGACUGAUAGUUCCCAAGGCAUUCCCCAGCUUGUAAGUAACAUCAGUGCCUGCCAGGUGAUUGCAGAGGCUGUGAGAACCACCCUGGGCCCCCGUGGCAUGGACAAGCUCAUUGUGGAUGGCCGAGGAAAAGCCACAAUUUCUAAUGAUGGGGCCACAAUUCUGAAACUCCUUGAUGUUGUCCACCCUGCCGCAAAGACUUUAGUGGACAUCGCCAAAUCCCAAGAUGCCGAGGUCGGUGAUGGCACCACCUCAGUGACCCUGUUGGCUGCAGAGUUUUUGAAGCAAGUGAAACCCUAUGUGGAGGAGGGUUUGCACCCCCAAAUCAUCAUCCGAGCUUUCCGCACUGCCACCCAGUUGGCAGUUAACAAGAUCAAAGAGAUCGCUGUGACUGUGAAGAGGGAAGAUAAAGUGGAGCAGAGGAAGCUGCUGGAAAAAUGUGCCAUGACUGCUCUGAGCUCGAAGCUGAUCUCCCAGCAGAAAGCCUUCUUCGCUAAGAUGGUGGUGGAUGCGGUGGUGAUGCUCGAUGAUUUGCUGCAGCUUAAAAUGAUUGGCAUCAAGAAGGUGCAAGGUGGAGCCCUAGAGGACUCCCAGCUGGUAGCUGGUGUUGCAUUCAAGAAGACUUUCUCUUACGCAGGGUUUGAAAUGCAACCCAAAAAGUACCGUAACCCAAAGAUUGCUCUUUUAAAUGUUGAGCUCGAGCUGAAAGCGGAAAAAGAUAAUGCGGAAAUCAGAGUCCACACGGUUGAGGAUUAUCAGGCCAUUGUUGAUGCUGAGUGGAACAUUCUGUAUGACAAGUUAGAGAAGAUCCAUCAUUCUGGAGCCAAAGUUGUCUUGUCCAAGCUCCCCAUUGGGGAUGUGGCCACCCAGUACUUUGCUGACAGGGACAUGUUCUGUGCUGGCCGAGUGCCGGAGGAGGAUCUGAAGAGGACGAUGAUGGCUUGCGGCGGCUCCAUCCAGACCAGUGUGAAUGCUCUGUCAGCAGACGUGCUGGGCCACUGCCAGGUCUUUGAAGAAGCCCAGAUUGGAGGCGAGAGGUACAAUUUCUUCACCGGCUGCCCCAAGGCCAAGACAUGCACCAUCAUCCUCCGUGGCGGUGCCGAGCAGUUUAUGGAGGAGACAGAGCGGUCCCUGCAUGACGCCAUCAUGAUUGUCAGGAGGGCCAUCAAGAACGAUUCCGUGGUGGCUGGCGGUGGGGCCAUUGAGAUGGAGCUCUCCAAGUACUUGCGGGAUUACUCAAGGACCAUUCCUGGGAAACAGCAGUUGUUGAUUGGAGCAUACGCCAAGGCCUUGGAAAUUAUCCCCCGCCAGCUGUGUGACAACGCGGGCUUUGAUGCUACAAACAUCCUCAACAAGCUGCGGGCUCGGCAUGCCCAGGGGGGCAUGUGGUACGGAGUAGACAUCAACAACGAGGACAUUGCUGACAACUUCGAGGCCUUCGUGUGGGAGCCAGCUAUGGUUCGGAUCAAUGCCCUGACUGCAGCCUCUGAAGCUGCGUGCCUCAUCGUGUCCGUGGAUGAGACCAUCAAGAACCCUCGCUCAACGGUGGAUGCACCCCCAGCUGCUGGCCGGGGCCGAGGUCGUGGCCGCCUCCACUGAGAGGCACCCCACCUCCCACACAAGUGGUUGGCGGGCUGGCUGCAGGGUGCCCUUACGCUCUCUGUCUUGUCUUAGUUAAUUGGUAUUACAAGGAAGGCGUAGUGAUUGGCCCAUUCUGUUCUAACUGUAAUUGCGGGUUAUUUAAAUAAACCUUAAGGCUUCGAA